UAAACAGCCACCAGAUGCCGCCAUUGGGUCCUUGAGUAAUUCUAUUCAAAAGCUCAGUUUACAAACCAGCGAGCCAGUGGACAAAUAUCCACUGCUUCUAUUCUAAAAGAAUAACCUCCUCCUUUCAAAAGAGCACGUCGCCAGCUCUGUUUUGUUGAUCCCAGAUACAAGACUAGCAUUCUUCCCUUCUCCUUGCACACGCCCUUUAGCUCAGUGAGAUGCAGGGAAAAUAGGCGGACUGCCUGGAGCAUCUGCGGACAAACAUCCUAACUCAGCACCACGGAAGACCGUGCCAGUGUCUGGAAGGACAGCCGCCAUCGCUGAUGAGUGGCUUCCUAUCUCCCUAAGUGCAGGCAUGCGGUGCCAUAGAUGCAUAGACCAGAUUUAGAAAUACCGAUAGUGCCCAUAUUCCGCAGCACGGCUCAACAGUUCCGAGACAUACCAUUCGGAAUCAGCAACAGUUCUGCGGUUCUGAGCCACUACAACGUCACCAGAAACAGCAUCUGCCUCUUCCGACUGGUUGACAAUGAACAACUGCACUUGGAUGCUGAAGACAUUGAAAACUUAGAUGCCUCCAAGUUGAGCCGUUUCAUUCAGAUGCACAGCCUCCGCUGGGUGACAGAGUACAGCCCUCUGAUUGCAGCUGGCUUAUUUAACACCAUGGUUCAGACUCACCUUCUCCUGAUAAUGAACAAGACUUCCCCGGAGUAUGAAAAGAGCCUGCAGCAAUACCGGGAGGCAGCUAAGCUCUUCCAGGGACAGAUCCUCUUUGUUCUGGUGGACAGCGGCAAGGGGGGGAACCGAAAGGUGAUAUCCUAUUUCCAACUAAAGGAGUCUCAGCUGCCGGCUCUGGCCAUUUAUGAAAGUGUGAAUGACAAGUGGGACACACUGCCCAUCACAGAAGUCACAGUGGAGAAAGUCCAAGGCUUCUGUGAUGGCUUCCUAAAGGGGACACUGCUGAGAGAUCACGAUGUGGAAGGAGAUGCAGAGGCGCGGAAGGAGGAGCUCUGAGCUCUCCCUGGUACAGCUGCUGACUGCGAUGGAUGUGCCCCUUCUGUAUUGGAUAAAAAGGGGCAGUUCCCAUCUCCCGCCAGUGAACACCGGUGUUCUAGCAUGGGGCGGGAGGUCACCAGGCUUCCUUUGUGUCUUUGCCAUCUCCCUUCCUUGCCUCCUUUGUUUUCAACUUCCCAUCCUCUCCUUCACACAGCCCCGCCUCUUACUGUGAGCAAGUUCUGAUGAGACAGAGGCCUGGGAGACUCUAUGAAGGAAAAGCGUUCCUAGAGAGAGGCUGUUCUGAUGUGUCACUGACAUUGACUCGGUACCCUGAGCACGGCUUACACAGCAGUUCCUUUUCCUUUGGGGUCAUCCAAGGAUAGAGACCUCACCCUUCUCCAUAAGCACACAUCUUUCCCUGACUUGGGGCCAAGAACAAAAACAUGUUUUGGGUUUUUUUUUUU